CCCGGGGCUUGGGGAUGAGAGAGGCAAGCAAGGCAGAGCCAGCGAGCAAGCGAGCGGGACUGUGGUGCAUCCCCCACCGCGACGCUAAGGGAAGCAACUCUUGUGCCUGUUCAUUGCCCCGAAGGCAUUUUCCAUUUCAUGGGCCCUCGCUCUCCCUACCCCUCACCCUUUGCCCCUCAGUUUCGGCUCCGGCCCCUCAGGGAGCGUCCCUGGCCUCAGGGCUGACAGCAUUUGGGGGCACGGGGUCUUGUUCUCUGCGCUCUAGCCCAUCUGUGCGCAGAGCCUCGUUCCCGGGCUCCUGGAGCCCGGCGGGCAUUGACGUCAAACGGCAGCGGAGCGCUGCCUACAGACGGCUGACCCGGGCCCUCCUCCACACCCCCGUCCUUCCUCGCCCCCUCCCUCUUCCCGGCACCCGGUUCAGCCGGCUAUAAGAAGCGGGAGAGCGCGGUGCCCGAGCAGCAACCAGGUCCAGCACCAUGGAGAGCUCCCGCCUGCGGCUGCUGCCCCUCCUGGGCGCCGCCCUGCUGUUACUGCUACCUUUGCUGGGUGCCCGUGCCCAGGAGGAUGCCGAGCUGCAGCCCCGAGCCCUGGACAUCUACUCUGCCGUGGAGGAUGCGUCCCACGAGAAGGAGCUGCCAAGGCGGCAACUUCGGGCUCCCGGCGCUGUGUUGCAGAUUGAAGCGCUGCAGGAAGUCCUGAAGAAGCUCAAGAGUAAACGCAUUCCGAUCUACGAGAAGAAGUACGGGCAAGUCCCCAUGUGUGAUGCCGGAGAGCAGUGCGCAGUGCGGAAGGGCGCCCGGAUCGGGAAGCUGUGUGACUGUCCCCGAGGAACUUCCUGCAAUUCCUUCCUCUUGAAGUGCUUAUGAAGGGGCAACAGCCUCCACCCUAAGUUCCCAUAUUCCCUCUUCUCCCCAAAGGAGCACUCCUUUAUGCCUGGAGCCUGGCUUUAGCAACAAUAAAGUUUGCAUUCCCCUCCGAGGGUGAGUGGGCUCGUUUCCCCCGCUGUUUCAAAAUAAAAGAACACAUUUGA